ACUUAGCAGCGGUUGAUGAACAAGCUCCAUCUCUGCAGGUGGAUGUGACCGGCUUUGCACUGGAAAAAGGGUCCAGUGUGUCCAGGCUUCACGUUACAAGGGACAACAACAUGGGACUGCUGUCGGACCCAAACAGGAGACGGGCUUUGAUCAGCCUGCUAACUCGCCUCAAUGCUCCAAUCUGUGUGGUCUGCUACUUUGCGGGUUUGGCCUGGUUCAUGGGGUUGUCGUUUGAGCCGUUCACUCUGCGGACGUACAUGUCGGAGAAUGCCAUGGGGUCCACCAUGGUGGAGGAGCGCUUCCCAGCAGGGGAGAGGGCGCUGGCCACAGGCAGAGAGUUUGCAGCUCAUAAGAAGAAAGCAGGUGGGAUGCCAGUGGACUGGCUGGUGAAGACCAUGCAGGCUCGAGGGCUGGAGGUGUUUACCCAGAGGUUCUCCCGCACACUGCCCUUCCCCGAUGAAAACAAAGAGAGAUAUAUAGUAUUGGGCACAAAUGUGUAUGGGAUCCUACGGGCCCCGAGAGCUCCGCGGACUGAAGCCCUGGUCUUGAGUGCCCCCUGUUCCCCAGGCGAUAACAACAACCAGGCAGUGGGGCUGCUGCUUGGCUUGGCACAGUACUUCAGGAGUCAGGUUUACUGGGCCAAGGACAUCAUCUUCCUCGUGAAUGAGCAUGAUCUGAUUGGUAUGCAGGCCUGGCUGGAGGGCUACCACCACACCAACACUACAGGUAUGGACUGGUCUCCACUUCAAGGCCGCGGCGGUUCGAUCCAGGCUGCUUUGUCCCUGGAGCUCAGCAGUGAUGUCAUCACCAGUUUGGACCUGGUGCUGGAAGGCCUCAACGGCCAGCUUCCCAAUCUGGAUUUAGCUAACCUCUUCUAUGCUUUCUGUCAGAAGAUUGGAGUCCUUUGCACCAUCCAGGGCAAGCUGCAGAGGAAUGACUGGGACAGCGUGUCCGGCUACAGCCAUGCAGUCCAGACCAUGAUGCUUAUGGUGCUGAAGCAGGCUAGCGGGCGGCCCUGGGGGGAUCAUGGCCUUUUCCUGAGAUACCACAUUGAGGCCGCCACCGUCAAGGGUAUCAACAGUUUCCGGCAGUACAAGACCGACACCACCACCAUUGGGAGGCUCCUGGAAGGAAUGUACCGUAAACUGAAUAACCUUCUAGAGCGCCUUCACCAGUCGUACUUCUUCUACCUCAUGCCGUCCCUCUCCCACUUUGUCUCCAUUGGUUACUACAUGCCAGCCUUUGGCCUCCUUGCCGUCAUCCUGCUCCUUCGUGCCUUAGAUCUGUGGGUUCAGCUGUCGACACCACCGGCAAGAACAGAAGAUGGAGUCGCUGACCCUGAGCAGAUGUCCAGUCCAGGUGUGCUGUCCGUGUUGACUCCUCUGGUGAUCAGCCAUCUGACUGGAGUAGCUCUGUACAGCCUGCCCAUACGUUUUCAGGAGAUGGCUGUUGAACACUUCCCAGUGUCUGAGACCGAGGCUGUGGUCCUGACGGCAAUUGCUGUUUACACAGCAGGCCUGGCUUUGCCUCACAACACGCACAGGCUCCUGUCAGGCGAGGGGACGGAGCAGGGCUGGAAAGUGCUGAAGCUGGUGGCUGUGCUGUACCUCGCCGUGCUGCUGGGCUGCACCGCCCUCAUCAACUUCUCCCUGGGCUUCAUCCUGGCUCUCACGCUGGUGCCUGUGGCUGCCUUCAUCACACCCCACGUACCAAAGAUUUUGUCAGCCUUCGUCCUGGUCAUCCUCAGCCCUGCCUGCACACUCCUCUUUUCUGUCUUUUUCUUUCAAGAGCUGCAGGAAAUGCCCAUCAGCUUCAUGGAUGGAUGGUUGCUCUACCUGUCAGUCAUCUCGCAGGGCAUCCUGGACCACUUCCUGUACGGCUCUCUGGUUUACCCGCUCAUAGCCCUGCUUGUCUAUCCUUGCUGGCUGCUUUUCUGGAACAUCCUCUUCUGGAAGUAAAUUCAAAGUCAUACAGGACUACUGAAGGCUUUCUUUGGGAGAGAAAAAAAAAACCCUGAGGUGUUUUCAGGUGUUUGUCUUCACCGGAGGGAAAUGUGAGUAACAGUUAAAUGCACUGGAGAGAUUGGAAAUGAAGAUAAAUAUCAACGGUUGACUUGGAAAGAAUGCAGUAACUUUUUUGGACAUUUUCUUGGCAUGUCACUCUUAAAACUGGAGAAAAAACAAGCUUUCUUGAUAAACUCAGCAGAUUGUACUGUUUUGUUGUGAACAUCUCACUCAGAAAUCAAGUUGUAGAAGGGACGAUCUUUUCACAGGUAGCUGUAAAUUUUAUGGUUCAGUUGCUUCUGGUAAAAUAAUUUGUUUUAAUGACUGAUUUCUGUUUGUGGUACAUAAAAAAUGAUUGCAAUUU